UGGGUAUGGACGUGGAGAAGCGGAAAGGAGCCUGGAGAAAAGGCUGUCAUAUUUGCUCAGAAGAACCGCCAAAUCAGAGAGCAGAGGAGAUUUCAUUGGAGGAGCUCCUUCAACAGCAACUAAUCCUGUCAUAUUGGAAGAAAAUUGUAAAUGUUCUCUCCAGAAAUUGUCCGCCCAUUGCAGCUAAUGGAACACUCACGCAGGAACAGACACGGUCUUCUGCUAUACCAAAGGCGCCGGGGCGCAGAGACCCGCUCCAGGGAGCGAGCCACCGUGCGCGCGCACACACACACUAACAGACACACACACACACACACUCGGGCGCGCGCGGUCACACACGCACGCACACACACACACACACACACGCCAGCCUGCGGGUUGGCUAAGAGCCUUGAAACCGCAGAUCCCACUAGGACAUCGCCAGAGGCACUGAAGUAGGUGUUGCCCCCACACUAAUUACUACUUCCCCAAGCACUUUGGUGAAGAAAUGAAUCCCGCCCAGCCCGCGGGUGCAUCCAGGUCUUGGUUCUGUUAUGCUCUCCAGACUCGCCUUCUUCCUCAAAGCCAGAUCAAGGGAGAAAAGGAGCUGGCGGCUGGCUUCGGACUCUGAGCGGUGCGCAGCCCGUUCCCGGGGCCAGUCAGCCCCGAACCUGCGAAGGGCUCUUCGUUCCUGCCAGCCUUCACCAAGGAAAUCGCACUCCCGGGAGGCAGCUGGAGCUACACCGGCCGCAGGUUUAAAUGUGUAUUUGGCUACUUGGCUACUGAUUAGAGAACACAAAAUGAAUAACUCAACAAACUCCUCUAACAGUGGCCUGGCUCUGACCAGUCCUUAUAAGACAUUUGAAGUGGUGUUUAUUGUCCUUGUGGCUGGAUCCCUCAGUUUGGUAACCAUCAUUGGGAACAUUCUGGUCAUGGUCUCCAUUAAAGUCAACCGCCACCUCCAGACCGUCAACAAUUACUUUUUGUUCAGCCUGGCCUGUGCUGACCUCAUCAUUGGUGUUUUCUCCAUGAACUUGUAUACCCUCUACACUGUGAUUGGCUACUGGCCUUUGGGACCUGUGGUAUGUGACCUUUGGCUAGCCCUGGACUAUGUGGUCAGCAACGCGUCCGUGAUGAAUCUGCUCAUUAUCAGCUUUGACAGGUACUUCUGCGUCACAAAACCACUCACCUACCCAGUCAAGCGGACCACGAAAAUGGCAGGUAUGAUGAUUGCUGCUGCCUGGGUCCUCUCCUUCAUCCUCUGGGCCCCAGCCAUUCUCUUCUGGCAGUUCAUCGUAGGGGUGAGGACUGUGGAGGAUGGGGAAUGCUACAUUCAGUUUUUCUCCAAUGCUGCUGUCACCUUUGGUACUGCCAUUGCGGCCUUCUAUUUGCCUGUGAUCAUCAUGACUGUGUUAUACUGGCACAUAUCCCGAGCCAGCAAGAGCAGGAUAAAGAAGGACAAGAAGGAGCCUGUGGCCAACCAAGACCCAGUUUCUCCCAGUCUGGUACAAGGCAGGAUAGUGAAGCCAAACAACAACAAUGUGCCUGGCAGUGAUGAUGGCCUGGAGCACAACAAAAUCCAGAAUGGCAAAGCCCCCAGAGAUGCAGUGACCGAAAACUGUGUCCAGGGAGAGGAGAAAGAGAGCUCCAAUGAUUCCACCUCCGUCAGUGCCGUUGCCUCUAACAUGAGAGAUGAUGAAGUCACCCAGGAUGAGAACACAGUAUCCACUUCUCUGGGUCAUUCCAAAGAUGAGAACUCUAAGCAAACAUGCAUCAAAAUUGUCACCAAGACCCAAAAAGGUGAUUUGUGUAUCCCAACUAAUACCACCGUGGAGCUCGUUGGUUCUGCAGGUCAGAACGGAGAUGAAAAGCAGAACAUUGUAGCUCGCAAGAUUGUGAAGAUGACUAAGCAGCCCGCCAAAAAGAAGCCUCCUCCCUCCCGGGAGAAGAAAGUGACCAGGACGAUCUUGGCUAUUCUGUUGGCUUUCAUCAUCACUUGGGCCCCAUACAAUGUCAUGGUGCUCAUUAACACCUUCUGUGCACCCUGCAUCCCCAACACAGUGUGGACAAUUGGCUAUUGGCUCUGUUACAUCAACAGCACUAUCAACCCUGCCUGCUAUGCACUUUGUAACGCCACCUUCAAGAAGACUUUUAAACAUCUUCUCAUGUGUCAUUAUAAGAACAUAGGCGCUACAAGGUAAAACAUCUUUGUGGAGAAGGAAGGUGGUCAGGGGAGCUUGGGAGAAAGCAAGGGGAUAAAAGAGCUCCCAGUUUUAAAUUCUCUGCCAUUGCACUUUAUAGUCUUAUUAUGGAAUGUGCAAUUAAGGAGCCUAACAGUGACACUUUUAUUGUGCCUAUGCUCCAGUUUGAGAAACUUAUAAACGCUGUCAGUUUAAGAGCAGUGAGACCAUGAAAGAGACAUGUUGGAAUUGUGGAUUUAAAGGACAAUCUACGCUUUCUUGUACUCUCUUGAAGAAGGGCUUCUGAAUCUACGAUUUUAUCUCUGCACAAGAAGAAUAACCUCGCUUUUUUUUCCCUUUUUUUUUUUUUUUGUUCCUGUGUGUCCAUACAAGGUUGAAAUGCCACAGUUACAAGCUAACAUGGAGACUUACACAUAAGGAAAUAGGCAUCACACAAUGGAAAAGUGAAGAAAGAGAGUCAAAACAGGAUGUAGAAAGAUCUCCAGAGUGCUAAGCUGUAUUAUUCUUUUGUUACAGUUUUAUUUGGAGAGUUACAACAUACUAAAUGCUCUUUUCCCCUCACCUUUCCCUUUUCCCACCAUCAAAAGAAAACAAACAAACAAAACCCGUAACUAGAUCAUAUUAUUUUUCUCAUUAUAGCAUCGGCUUUUGUACUUCCCUGUUUUACAUUGUGUAAGGGCAAAAAUCUGCAGGACUUCCACUAAAUACAACCAGACACAGCCAUGAAAAUGGGCCUUUCACCCUUGCCCACUGUGUCAUUUGCAUUCUUUGGGCGUAUAAAAGCCUGUAAUCACUUAGUUUGCUUAUGAUCCUUUAGGUGAAAUGUUUUCACCAAUCGGGUUUUCUCCUAAACAAGCUCCUUUUGUGAAUGGAAUAGCCUACCUAAUACAUAAACAUGCUUGAGAAACCAAAGUCAUUUUUUAAACUGAGGUUUUGUCAAAUUAAAUAGUAGUCCUUUUUAGUUGGAGGAAGUUUACCGAGGCCAGAUGAAUUUUGAAAAAGGCAAAUCGAAGGCUGAGAGGGCAUUCCCUUUCAACCGGAAUUUGCCUGACCCAUGUAUGUAAUGCUAACUUGAAAAACAUGAACUUCUGGCCUUUGUCAGCAGGACGAAGCUACUUUACUCGUUUAGAAUCCUGAGUAGGAUUAACGUACUCUUGUGGCACCAGUGACUUCUGGGUCAGUCCCAAGAGAAUAAGGCCUUCUCUUCAAUGCCGGUUAUCAAGUGAUAUUCAAUUCAUAGUCAAAUGAGAUUGUUUAUAGCCAUCCCGUGUCCCACUGGAAAAGAAAAAGUCAUUAAAAAACAUUUCCCAAAACCACCUGUUCCAUCUUCCUCAAAUUGUCAAUUCUCCCUAAAAUUUUGUAACUUCAAAAUUCUGUCCAUAGAAGUAUAGUAAUCUUUGUGGCAGACAUGUAGCGGAUAACAAAUGGAGGCCACGUGAGAUCAGCAAAAUCUGAAGAAUCAGCUGAAUUUGCUGAAAAUCAACAAAAUCGGUAGCUGUGCCUGUGUCACUUCUCAUUAUUUCUUUAGUUCUAGACCAUCAAAAGUCAGAUCAGGAACUAUUACCCAAAUAGUAGCUUUAUAUAGACUCUUGUCCACAUAAAGAUUUUUUAUUUGGUAUGCCUAAUAAAUAUAUGAUUGUGUUGAUUCACAUUUAGCUAUUUUUUAAUCCCUCAACUUUUUUUCUUUCUGUAUGUGCUAUUGUCUUAAAAUCAGAUUUUCUAAAGAUGGCCCACUCAAUAGAAAUCAGAUUUGUAAAACCAACUUCAAACUUCCUUUUUCACAUUUUAGAUCUAUGGGCCUUACGAUAUCUUGGCCAGUAAUAUACAUAUGAGUAGCAUGAUUAAUUUUUCAGUAUUAAACCUUAGCACUUUAGAGCGGUUUUGUGUGACUUGCCUCAUCGAAGGCAUCUCAACAAUUUUGAGAGUUAAAAAAAAAGCACAAGGUAAACAACAACAAAAAAGAAGCAUUAUUAAGAAGCAAAUUGCCAACAAUAUGCGUGUAACUUACCCUUUAUAAAAAUAACUUCUGUUCGAAUAACUUCAGUCAUUCCCCCAUAAAUCUCCUGGGUAUAAACACCAUCAGUUCAUACAGAUUCCUUUACUCCACAGUUACUGAGAUGUUUACAAUUUUAAAUCCACAUUAACUUUUAUUUUAUUUCUUCAAAUCAGUGAAUCUGUUGAAUGGAAGGGACAUCAAGCCAAUGGGCUCUUUGGUUUGCUGUACAUGAAACAACUGACUGGCUGAAUAUUUCACUUACUAACUUGUCCUUUUAUGCUGUAGAUUCAGCUUUAGUUGGGACAAACUCUUUGGAUUCAAGGAUUCAGGAGUCUGGAUUUGGGUCUUUUCUGGUCCACUCUAACAAUUCAACUCACAGUGAAUCAAACUGCCUCUUGCUCUUCAUUGCCAUUGUACCCUUCCCUUCCUUCUUUCUGUUCUUGGUCUUCGCCAUAGCCACCACAACCUUGCUGAAAGAGAAACCAUCACGCAUCACAGCAAAGAUGUGACUAUAGACUGACACAUCAUGGAAACUUUGCCAACUGGAAUCAGAGAAAUGGAAAAAAUACUGAACAUGGUAGAUGAUUAGAAAGACACAGAGGUUGUAUUCAAAGGUUUGCAUUAACUGUUGCUGGAUUUGUCUAUUUCAGUGGCUCUCACACAGGAACAAUGUUGCACCCCAGGGACAUUUAACAAUGUGUGGAGACAUUGUUGGUGGUCACAACUUGGGGGGAGCUAAGGACAUCCUGGUAGAUAGAGGCUGGGGAGGCUGCUAAACAGCUCACAAGGAUAGCCUCCCCCUCACACAUACAACUAAGAAUUAACAGCUCCAAGUGUCGAUCAUACCAAAGUUAAGAAACCCUGGUCUAUUUUAAGGAAUUCUAGAGCUUGCUUCGUAUACAUGGCAAAAUAAUCCUGUAUCACUAUAAGAAUAUCACUGCAAAUUGCUCACCUGUUUCAAAAGGUAAUGCUCACCAAUUGUGUAUCAGACAUACUGUCAUCCAUGAGUCUGGUGUAUUUGUAAUUCACAGAUUGGGAACACAGGGGACAUCGACAUAUCCAGAAUUACCAGACCGUGCAAUAGCACAUUGUCUCCAACAUCUUCGUGUCCCAUUACAAUUGUCACAGAGUCCAGUCAAUUGAGGUUGCUGGUAAUUGGCCAUUAAAAGGAUUGCAGUUGAUGUGGUCAGUUUCUAUUGGAGCUGCCACUUUUCCUUUCAAAAACAUUGAGAGCCUCUUUCAGAAACUAUAUGAUUCACCUCCUUUAUUUUCACUGGGAAGGUGAAUAUCUGUCAAGAAUUUCUUCUCUCCUCAUAGCAAUAAUGUAAAUAUUCCAGAGUGGUCUUACAAGAAGAGGAGAUUAAGAAUGUCAAAAAGCCAGUUCAUUUCUUAAAAAAAAAAAAAAAAGAAAAAAGAAAUGAUUCCCCUUUUACCAGUUCAAAUUAAUUUUAACAUCAACUCCAAACCGUUAGAACAAAGUCACCAAUAUAAUAAGUCACAUGGGAUAAGCUUUCCCAUUUGGAUGUGGAAGCUGGAGGUCCCACACACUUCUGCUCUUUAUCCAUUUACUGCUUUUUUGAUCCUGGAGAUCUGACACUGGGGAAGACAGAAAUUGAAAAUGAUGGCGACAUACACCUAGAAAUGCAAUCUACUUUUAUUUUCUCCUACAUAGUUCACUGGUAGUUGCCUUUCCCCAGUUUGAUGAUAUCCCUUUCAACAACCACAGCACUGGUGUUGCAAAUAGAUUAGGGAAGCACCCAAAGCUGGAUGAAUUGUGCAAAGUGUAUUUUCAGCAUGUACAUAUAAUACCAUGCUUCUUAAAUAUGCUUCUUUGAAAAGAGUGCACGCUGCAGCAUGAACUGUGUGCAUAUUUAAUGUAUCUUUCUGGAAUAUGCUGUAUGCUUCCUAUACAUAUUCUAUAAAUAAAGUAAUGAACUGUAUCAUAGAAAUACAUAUUUCUGUAUGCAAAUAAAUAUAUUAUACACAAAAUCUUAAUAUGCAGUAUGGUAUAUGUUGCUUUAGAGAGUAACACUAGAUUUUAUAUGCCCAAUUUUUUUAAACGCUUUUGAAGGAAGUACUUGCUUUGGAAGGAAGAGGUUUAAGAACAGCCAAAAUCCUACCCAUAUUACUAUUAAGCUGUUUUAUAAUCUUUGAAAGCAUGGCACUGAUUUUAAAUAUCUCUUGGAGGAAUAUAUUAAUAAAUCUUUGCUGGUGUCAGCCCACGUGACGAGAAUGCUCUUUGCUCCUAUGCUCCCGACUGGCCUGUGACUAGAAUCUUUCUGGCUGUUACUGUUCCAACAGCUGUGUUGAUCUCACGUCUGAUUGCCUGAUGAGAUUGCAACCAAUUCAUUGACAUACAGCUUUGCUCUCCUCCAAAUUAACUGAUUCUUGUCAAAUAAAAAAUAAUCAUACAAGGAGGAAAGGAUGACCUUCAGAAUGUUUUUAUUCUGAGAAGCAAGGUAAAAA